UAUUACAUAUCUAGUCGUUAAGAUGCAGAACUCCACGAUCUGAACUCGCAUGGACUGUAGCAGGUUAUCUGCGACAGAAACCGAAGUAAACAAAGGUAAGCCAAAAGGAAACAAAAGCAGCAGUAAAAAGCCAAAAUACAGAGCUGGCUUUCAGUCCGAAGCGAGCCAUGGUGGAGCUCAGGCACUCGAGCUCGAUCGGGAGCCGGGCUUCUUCGUCUCCGAUGAAGCGCGACGACGUCUCCUCCCCUUUGUCUCCCGAUAAUCAUCCCAGCGACGACGACGAUCACGAUCGACACUCCUCGAAGGAUCGAGACCGUCAUUUCUGGUACCAUUUAUCGUCCAUAUGCCCCUUCUUCAACGACGAUGCUAGGUUUUCUCUGCACAACUCCAGGAUCUGGCUGCUCUUCGUACUUUUUCUUGUUCUCGCCGGUUUCGUUUCGGUUUCCUCGAUCGUAAACCGAUUGAAUGCCCCUUACUUAUGUAAAAAAGAUGGCAUUGUUCUUCACUGCCCACAUGUCAAGGAAGUUCCUUCACUCUGGGAGAAUCCUUACUCUGCCACCACAUCCUGGAAGCCUUGUGCUGAGCGCCGUGAUGGUGGAAUAUCUGAUCCUCCUUCUGAAAAUGAAACAACUGGCUAUAUAUUCAUUCAUGCUGAGGGUGGUCUGAAUCAACAAAGAAUAGCUAUAUGUAAUGCAGUUGCUGUGGCUAAAAUAAUGAAUGCCAGCCUUAUUUUGCCGGUGUUGAAGCAAGACCAGAUCUGGAAAGACCAAACGAAAUUUGAAGACAUAUUUGAUGUAGAUCAUUUCAUUGACUACCUGAAGGAUGAUGUGCGAAUAGUUCGUGAUAUCCCCAAGUGGUUUACCGACAAAACAGAGCUUUUCACAAGUAUAAGACGUACAGUAAAAAAUAUUCCAAAGUAUGCAUCAGCACAAUUUUACAUUGAUAAUGUUCUGCCCCGAAUCAAGGAGAAGAAGAUAAUGGCACUAAAACCUUUUGUUGAUCGACUUGGGUAUGACAAUGUUCCUCCAGAAAUCAACAGGCUAAGGUGCAGGGUAAAUUAUCAUGCUCUGAAAUUUCUUCCUGAGAUAGAGCAAAUGGCUGAUUUACUGGCAUCAAGGAUGAGAAACCGCACAGGCGGUUCAAAUCCUUACAUGGCUCUUCAUCUUCGGUUCGAGAAAGGGAUGGUAGGCCUAUCAUUCUGUGAUUUUGUUGGAACAAGGGAGGAGAAAGCCAAAAUGGCAGAAUAUCGGAAGAAGGAAUGGCCUCGACGGUAUAAGAAUGGUUCCCAUCUAUGGCAACUGGCCCUGCAAAAGCGGAAGGAAGGACGGUGCCCUCUUGAGCCCGGAGAAGUGGCUGUGCUUCUUCGGGCAAUGGGCUAUUCUAAGGAAACUCAAAUUUAUGUUGCUUCGGGGCAGGUCUAUGGUGGAAAUAACAGGAUGGCUUCCCUCAGGAACAUGUUCCCGUAUUUGGUUACCAAAGAGGAGUUGGCAACUAAGGAGGAGUUGGUGGGUUUCAGGAAGCAUGUGACAAGCUUGGCAGCCCUAGACUUCUUGGUCUGCUUGAAGUCUGAUGUGUUUGUGAUGACCCACGGAGGGAACUUUGCUAAACUGAUAAUCGGGGCACGCCGAUACAUGGGUCACCUUCAAAAAUCUAUAAAACCCGACAAGGGGCUCAUGUCCAAGUCUUUUGGGGACCCCUACAUGGGCUGGGCAACCUUUGUAGAGGACGUGGUUGUCACCCACCAGACACGCACCGGAUUGCCGGAAGAGACCUUUCCCAACUAUGACCUCUGGGAGAACCCCCUGACUCCCUGCAUGUGUAAGGCCUGACCACAAGGAUUGCUACAUAUGAAUGUUUGACGCUGAGAUUUUCGUGGAGAGUACCCCAUCUCCCUUCAACAAGCUGUGCAUUCUCAUUCGGAAAGCAAGCUGUCUCAAGCCCAACGUCUGAUAGAAAAAUCUGCAGGGAGUGAGUAAUAGAGCUUUGAGGUGGGGAGAUUUGGAUGUGCACUGGAGUCUGGAGGUACUAACCAGCAGGAUGAUGUUCUAACUCGAUCUUGUGAGGAUCCGCAUUCUGUGAUUGCCUGUUGUGUGAGUAUCUUUAGCAAGACACUGGGCGGUUUUGACCUCAGGACGUUGGAUCUUUUUAACCGGUUGUUGGCGCAAAACAUUAGAUAUUUUUUCAUGUACCAUUUGAAAUCAUGUAAAUUCUUAAAUGGGAGUCAAAAUGUACGAACAAUCCCAAAGCAAGAACAGAUGGUAAACAAAGCCGACAAACUUAUGUUCCUAUGACAUGAUCAUUGAUCAGAUACUUUCCAAAAAAAAAAAGGGUAAUUUAUUGAUUAA